UUCCGAGGGGCUAAUUUGGCAAUUUGGAAUUCACGAGAUUCUUAUGAACGAACCCAUAAAGACCAACAGUUCGACAACGGCGGCGACGAGGCUGAGCAAACCGACGCGGCGAAGAGUUCCUUUUCUGAGCUUCUCGAAAACGAACCUCUCUUUAGGGAUUCAAAGAUGGCUUAUGUCUCCAAUUGGGUCCGAUACAUGGCUCACAAGCUGGAGUACUCCCUCACUCUCAGCCUCAAGAAAUAUACUAGAGAGAAACUCAGUGAACGGGAACUCAUUGGUGUAGUCGUGAAGAAUCUAUUGUAUGGAAGGAUAACCUACUUACACACGGGUAAGGGACCAGAGAUGGCUCCAACCAUGGGAACACAUGACAACACGUUACUUGUCCGUAAGCUACCAGUUGUUGAUACCAGGUAUGUUUCUAUUGGAGAUGCUGUUGUCUUGAAGGACCCGAAUGAAACCAGUAAGUAUCUAGUCAGAAGAUUAGCAGCGAUAGAAGGAGCCGAAAUGGUAUCAAGUGAUGAGAAAGACGAGCCUUUUGUUCUCGAAAAGGAUCAGUGCUGGGUCGUUGCUGAGAACCAAGAGAUGAAAUCUAAGGAAGCAUACGAUAGUCGAACAUUUGGUCCGGUAUCAAUGACGGACAUAGUAGGAAGAGCUAUAUAUUGUCUGAGGACAGCCGUGGAUCAUGGCCCAGUAAGUAACAGUGAAUUCGCCAUGGAAGAGGAUUCUCCAAUCCUGGCGGUAGAACUUGACGUGGAUGAAAUGGCUAAAGACCACAAGGCCGAGUAG